CCCACCGCUUAAGAAAGUUAGAUUUGGCAUUAAAUCCCCAAAUUAGACCUCUUUUGACAUUCCUCUUGGAUUCAAAGCUUUAAGCUUUCACGGGGUUAACAUUCCGCCCUAGCUUUCCCCUCCCCCCGCUCAAUUUUCUCCUCAAUCUUCUUCCAACAAAGCUCCAAGGUGUUUAAGAAGUGGGAAGAAGAUAAUGGAUUCGGCUCAAAAUGCAUCUUCAGCUGCUGGGACUGGUGGAAGCGGUGGCAAUGGAUCGGUUAUCAAUGAUACGUCAGUGUCAACUACAGUGGAUGAUUCAAAGCAGAACUUGAAUCAAGUAAUCAAUUCCAUUCAGAAAACUUUGGGUAUCCUCCAUCAGCUAAAUCUCACCGUUUCUAACUUCAAUGCCGCCUAUCAGCUACCUCUUUUACAACGCCUUAAUUCUCUAGUUUUGGAGCUAGAUAACAUGGUUAAAUUAUCAGAGAAAUGUCCCAUCCAGGUCCCUAUGGAGGUUCUUAAUUUGAUUGAUGAUGGGAAGAAUCCAGAUGAAUUCACGAGGGAUGUCUUAAAUAGUUGCAUUGCAAAAAAUCAGAGUACAAAAGGCAAAACCGAUGCGUUCAAGGGUUUACGGAAGCAUCUUUUGGAGGAACUCGAACAAACAUUUCCUGAUGAAGUUGAGUCUUAUAGAGAAAUUCGUGCUGCUUCUGCUGCCGAAGCAAAAAGGAUAGCGCAAGCACAAAGUAUGUUACCAAAUGGGGACAUGAAGGUUAAGAUGGAGGUUUAAAUGCCUUCUGCGAUAAUUAUCAGGGAGUUGGUUCUUAUUUUAUACUCAAUUAAGUCGACAUUGAAUUUUCUCACUCAAAAUAGACGAGGUGGCUGUGUCUUGGUUUCUCUACUCAAGACUGUUUGGGAGGUAACGUUGAAUUUGACGAUGGCUUAUGAAUCAAGACUGCAAAAGCCAUACUGGAUGAAACAUUAACUGGAACAACUAUCGUAUUCGUAUUCAUUGGGCCAAUCAAGACAGAAGAAUCACACAAUCCUCAAACGUUGAACUCUGGAUUUUAUUGGCAGUAUCCAACCCCAUUCAUUGUGUCUGAUUCAAGCUUUAUUUUACUUUCUGCUCAUUAGUAAAUGAAUCUUUAUGCAAAGCUGGAUUCUCACUUCUCUGUUAAUAAGUAUUGUAAAUUCGUAUACUAAUUCGUUGUCACAUCUAGAUAAACUCACUUUUUUUCACUAAAAGAUAAAUGUUGAACAUUUCAGCAGGAGGAACCUUGACUCAGUUGGCUGUCCUCUCAAUGAUGUAUUUGAAUGGGAAGUUUGGUGUGGCUUUUGUUGA